AUUAUAGUGCAAUAUGUAUUAAAACACAUUAUAACUAAGUAUUUUUGCAUAAUGUAUUUAUUAGUUCAUUAUUUAAGAAAAAAAAAUAUUUCAUGUGACAUUAAUGUUUGCAUAAAUAAACACAUCCCCACAUUAGCCUUAAUAGACUCCUGGUACUCUCUGCAGUUGAGUAAAUGAGGAAACCCUAUUUCAUUGCGUGUUUCCCAUCUUAUUCAUACAGUGCAUUAUUGUUACUACUCCCUAUAGAAUUUCUAAUGCAUUUUGUUGGUGAUGUCGUUUAUAUUUUACUGUUACUUCUCUCAUUCGCCAUCUUAAAGUUAGUUGAGUUCACAACUUGUAUGCAUUUGCUACCACACGAGUUAGCAAUAUACACACUGUCUGUACUCCCCCCAGCGCGCGCACACACGCACACACGCACACGUAUAAAUUGCCCUAGAGAGUUAUAAUCGUUCACUUUCAGUUUAAAGGGAAGGCAAUGAUGAAGAGCAGAUAAGCAGCUGCAGACUACAUGCAAACCACUGCGAUGCGCAAAGAUGCAAUCUGCAGACAAACCGCUGUUUUUGCACUUAAAAUUAUUGAGUUCGAUAUCUUAAAAACCACACGCCAAAGGCCGGAACGGGAUUUUUGUGAAUGGGGAUCGGAUUUGCCAGUUAAUUUAUCCGGUUUGAUGCCACCAGACUUCCACUGAGCACCGACACUCACCUGAGAGCUUUGACCAGCACGCCUCGCCCCCGGUUGAUGCCGAGGGCCAUGGCAAUGGACGGUGACCGGGGCUCGGUUGCCGCUGCGCCGCUGGAUCUGAGUACCAGUCAGCGGGGGAACGGUGGCUUUACAGCUGUCGAUGUGGCGCGGGAUUUCAGAAGAGUAUGCCGGAGAGAGCCGGUUGCAGCCUCCCCUGCGCCCCCAUCGCGCUCCGGAGCGGAUACUUCACAAACACUCGUCCCGGCGAGCUCAACUCGCAAACGUCCGGCGGACGAAGCCUCUCAUCGGCUUCCUUUUCGGAAACGGCCCAUCGCUGCGGAGCUGGAGGAGCGGACACAAGCGUCAGGAGGAGCGGGGCGAGCGGACCGGCACUCCCCAGCGAGAGGCACUGCCGAGCCGGACCAGGAGAGUGACUCAGGCGGGCUGGAGAACACCACCCAUGGGGGACUGGGCGUUGCUCUGGUAACCCCAAUGCAGGCUGAGGAGGCUGCAAGGAGUAAUCUUGCUUGUCCCAUCCGCAUCUUGCCCUCGUUGGCUUACAGUCACUACCCAGUGUGCUGUCUGAACUCCGAGGUCAACCACCCUGGGCUCUAUCCCACCCAAAACCUGCUGGCACGAGCUACACGGCAAGAUGAGGAUGGGGACACAGCUCUCCACAUAGCGGUGGUGCACGGAGAGCUGGCUCUUGUCAGCCAACUGAUCCAUCUCCUGCUGUGGGCGGGAAGAACCCUCGACAUCUACAACAACCUUCGUCAGACCCCUCUUCACCUGGCAGUGAUAACCCAGCAAGUGAACAUGGUGGACGCUCUGCUGAGGGCCGGGGCAGACCCCUCUGCUUUGGACCGAAACGGCCAGACGGCGAUGCACCUCUGCUGCGAGUACAACCACCGAGGCUGUCUGUCUGUGGUGCUCUCGCUGCCCUCAUCAUCCACAUGCCUGGAGAUGAGGAACUACGAGGGUCUGAGCCCCCUCCAUGUGGCUGUGAUACGGAGCCACACUGAUUUAUCCACAAUGCUGCUGGACGCAGGCGCUGACAUCAACACAAUGGACAUCAAAAGUGGGCAGAGUCCACUUAUUCUAGCGGUGGAAAGCAACAAUGCAGAGAUGGUCCACUUCCUCAUUGAGAGUGGUUGCGAUGUCAACAGGCCGUCAUACAGCGGCAACACAGCCCUGCACAGUGCCUGCGGCCGGGGCCAGGCGGACAUGGUGCGCCUGCUGCUGAAGAAUGGAGCCGACAGCAGCCUCAAGAACUACCACAACGACACGCCGUUGAUGGUGGCCAAGAACAAGAAGAUAGCAGAUAUUCUGCGAGGGAGGGGGACAAGGCCGAUAAGACUUCAAGAGCAGCACAUCACCAGGUCGCCACAUAAGAGCAACUUCUUCCAAAAUGUAUCCUACCCAUCACGAAGCCGAGGUUGUUCACCGUCGACGAUACAGCACGCCGUCCCGCACUCCCCAGAGACUCCAUCCACGCUUCCAUUUCCAUUUUACUAGCGUAGUUGUGCUGUGCAACAGGAAACUAAAUCCACACUGCCAAACCUGCAACAAAAAAGACUAUACUGUAUCUGGAAAUACAGGACCCUAACUGGCCUUAAAACAGCAACUACUGUUGUUUCUAUGUGGAUGUAGUAGCCCAAUGACAGUGGACAAAGCAUAGAUUUGGAUCUACAGUAAUUCCAGUGAAAGUUGAUGGACCACUGACCUGAUGAUGAUGAUGAUGAGACUAAGUGACGGAACUUUUUUGCAUUAGUUGUUUUUUCGUUUUUUUUAA